AUGGCGAAGCGAUUGUCGAAGGUCUUUUCGUUAGCGAAAGACGAUCACAGCACGGACCAGCAACAUGCCAUACCCAAGGCUGCAACACACCCCUCCCUCGCUCCGCCGGCAAGAUUGCACAAGACACUUCCACCGUCGCCAUCGAAACCUCAGCUACCCAACGCAACACUCCCAGAUCUUCCGAUCACACCGUUACAACCUCCGCCGCUGCUGACUGGCGAUGGAAUGUUCCGCCCACCUAGUAGCGCCGGCUCCGGCAGCAGACCGCCGAGCCAGUCAAGCGUCAGAUCCCGUCCUCAGACACCGACCUUCGCCAUAACUCCAGUGGAUGGCGACUCUCCAGGGCGACCGACGACGCCGGGCUCGGCAACGAAGUUGAAUAAGAGGACUUCGUGGCUGCCAGGAAAGGCAUCAAAGGGUGCAAAGGAAGAUAUAAGGCAAUCGCAUGCAUGGAUUGCAGGCCUUCCCGACCAUGUGCCAUAUGAUCUGAAUGCUCUCACGAGCGGAGAGCGGGUCAUUGAUCUGUGGGACGCGCAAGGCGACACUACACUGUAUCUCUUCCCUCAAGGCUCUCGGAAAGGGCCAUCCUUCAAGAUUAGCUCCUCGCUCUUUGAGGAGUCGGCUGCUCUCAAGCUUCUCCGUCUUGAAGCAGCAGCCGCGUCGACACAGACCAGGGGACUGCAACAGCAGUUCUCACACAUGUCAAUGCAUACCGGUCCUCACGAAUACUACCGUGGCACACCUGUAGAUCAGAAUGGCUGGUCGCAUGGAGAUGGCUAUCAACCUCACCAGGAAGAAGUCCAUCUCUAUCUACCCUUGGAAUUCGAUGCAGACAUGUCUGGAACCGAUUCCAGGCCCCACGGGGACGACGUGGAGCUGCUCGUACUUUACCGAAACUUCUUCGCAUUCUUACAAGGCGGCGCACUUGUGGCCACAGCUCGGCAGACUAGCUUGUAUGCCAUAUUCAUGGGCAUUAGCAGUAUCCUGAAGCGCUUUCGGUUCUCAAACGCUGAUGGGUCUACUUGGGGUGAUGUUGCAACACAAAGUUUCAGUCGCUAUUGCCAGGAGCUGCGUUUAGCAGAUGUCCGGGCGAGUCGAGAGAAGACCAUCGAGGCGCUUGUACUGGGCGAGCAGUUGCGAUUCUGGCCUAUGUAUAAUGAAGGAUUUGUACAUGCUGCUGGACGUCUGGACGACAUCAAACGCAUCAAGACCCCGAAGUACCAGCAGGUCGGCCCCGUUACAAUGAAUCGGCUUGAGCGAGCUUCACUGGACAUCGAGCAGCGACUUCUUGUGGUUCGAAACAAAUUGGAAACCUUUGAUUUCCCCUCCAUGUUUGCAGGAGUAGCAAAUUCUCAGACUGCCACGGAAGCCAAGCUUGUUCGUUUCAAGACUUGGAAAGCGGCCUUCCUAGAUCUGCGCAAAUUCACCAUCAGCUAUUACAAGCGCAAGUAUGGAGCUUGGCCGCCGAAAGCCAGCUCGAAGAAGAACAACUUCGAGGAGAGUGGCCUAAACAGGAGACUACUGCAAGAAGUCUACAACGACUUCACCGACCUAUAUGACAUGCUCGCAGACAAGCGUAACUUGACGACUCGGACCACCGAUAUGGCCCCACUGGAUGAGAGUGCUGUGGCGGACGAUGUAAACGAAUCGAUCCAGCACGCGAUCCGGCGCGUAGAGAGUGAGUACGAUCGUGCUACACCUCCAGUCAUGCCGCCGAUACCGUUCGACGUUCCCACCAUACCUGGCUUCAAACAGUCUUUCAACAGAACACACGUCGUAGCAUCGAAAUCGGCCAAUAGUGUGCGCCGCCUUAAGGACAACGAAGUCACUGAAGUUCUUCUUGGGUCGUACAACCGAGAUCAGAUCACAUCCAACGUGUUCAUUCAGGAAUUCAUUGAGUACGAGCGCAGAUCGAAUCAGGGCAACACGAUCGAUGAACUGGUGGACAGUCGUUGCGGUAAAUGGCUGUUUAUGUAUGCUGUGCUCCAAUCACUGCCCAUGAUGGUGGUUGACGCGCGAGACAUCCAAUUCAAGGACGGCGUUGAGUACUUCCUGUGCAUCGCGCCACGAGGCGGCCGGCCAUGGAUGAAAGAAGACACUUCUCAAUCAAGGGCCUGGACCAAUAUUCCGAGCGGUGGCGGCAUGGUGUCUCUGCCGGCCGAUAUGAUCGACCACAGUGUCGAGGGCAUCUACCGCCGCAGUCACUGCUGGGAGAUCGCCACGAAGUGGGCUACGGAGCUUGGUGUUGAUCCUGCGCGUACAAAUGCGACCCUACUCGGCGGACUGCCACCACCACCAGCGCUCAACACUUCUAGCUUGACUGGUCAUGAUGGUUUCCGCACUUCCUAUUCAGCACACUCAUCACCAGCCGGGUCACCACUAUUGAAGCCAACGUCUGCCCACCCUGAUGGAGGUCGGCUCAGUACACUGUCCUCUCGCAGCUCAGGCGGCGCAAGUCACGAGUAUCCAGCUUCGGCCACCACGGAUCGAAGCAGACCGAACUCUGAAUAUAAUCCUACCAUAACCUUUGAUCAGAUCCUGGCUGGUACACCAACCGACGGCAAGAAGAGGAAGUCCAAGAAAUAG